UCAAAACGAUGCUGCAAAAAGUUAUUUUAAAUCAAAAAAGAAUUCUGUCCUGUGUUCAAGACGAAGACGAACAACGUCUGGAUGAUUUUGAUUUUGUCCCUUCUGACAAGUUUCCUCUCAAGACGGAGGAUGAUUUUGAGUUUAUCGAAGAAUACCUGUCAAUUAAAGUUCAGAGGCGUGAGGCUGUAAAGUACUUUACAAACUACUAUGCAGAAGACUGGGAUGAGUGGAAGUUCACUGGCAAACUCCUUUCCAAACUCAUUUCAAAUGACUUUGCCAAAAGUAUCAGUUGGGAGGGUACUGAGGGGUCAAAAAUUGCCUUUAAAACCACCAGGCUCAACCACACAAUAAGAUUGGCUGUCCUCAAAAUAUUCAACUCUGACCUCAGUCAAUCAGAGAAGAAAGUACAGAGGUGGUUUUGCACCAGCAAACAACGCGGUAAAUGAUUCUCGCUUCCUUUUUGUUUUUUAACUUUGUUCAAGAAUUAAUUAUUUCUUUUGACUGUAUGUUUAUCUGAAAGGGUGCUUAAUUUCAAGUCUUGGUAGUCUUAUUUUCUGUAACUGACACAAGUCUCGGGUAAACAGGAAUAUCAAUUUAAUUUGUCAGUUACACUGUUAUGUCAUUUUGUCUUUUUUCAAAUGUCGUUGAAAGAUAAUGUGUACAUACAAAAUUUAAAAAGUACUUUAUUUUUUUAGCUGAUUUGAUUCAAUAAUGUAGCUUUGAUUUCCAUUGAAAAAUAACUCCACUCCUGAGGAUUUGUCUCUUAGCAAAACAUUUGUCUUUGUUGUACAUUUUUGCGACUCUUUGUAAAUAUAAAUCCUCCCAUACCUCUUAUCUAAUACGUAGACUCCUUGGACUGUUUAUGACUGUAAUUAAUUCCGAUAUAAAAUUUACAACAAUUUUUCAGCUGCAUCAGUUGGUUUGAGGAAAAGUAUGCUUGUUUUUUUACUUUUGUUUAAGAAUGAAUUUAUUUUUGAUGAAUUCAUAGAAUGUUCAGAAAUUUAUUGAAAAGAUUUGUUAUGUUUGCUUAAGAAUAUUUAUUUUUGUUUGGAAUCUAUUUUUGAUCUUGAAUAUGUUCAGAAAUUUAUUGAACAGAUUUGUUAUGUUUGCUUAAGAAUAUUUAUUUUUGAUCUUGUUCACUAAUGACGAAAGAAGUCUUAUAAAACUUUUGUUUCAAUACGUGAGCUGAGUACUGCUGUGAUGAGUGGUUGGUAGUAAAUAUGUAUCAGCUUGCAAAAUUAAACAUUUGGAUGAAUCUCA